AUGUCGGCGGUGGGCAACAACUCUUUUUCGGGAACUGCCAUAACAUUAAUAACCACACAGCUAAUAGCUUUACUGCUGCUUAUUGGCUUUAGUAGUACUACUAGUGCUCAGAAGCUAUCUACAACGCUGUACGGUCCCUGGGAUGCCGCAGAGGACCUGAACGAACAACACAAGGCCGUUCUCCGCUUCAUCCUCAGCGGCAAUACCAGCUUCUGGAGUCGGCCUGCAGUGGCCUAUCGCACAGGCUUUGGGACGGCUCCCUGGCGCUGUAUCGACCGCUGCCAGGCGCAGUACUUCACUGACCUGGCGCAAUGCGCUCCCGACUGCACCACCAUGACGUUCUGCGCACCGGGAGAGGCGGCCCUCAGCGACCCCAACACCACCUGCUGUGCGCUCAGCCUCCUGGACCAGUCAUACAGCUUCAGUCAUCCGCCCAACACUGCAGUGAUGAGCUGGUGCAAUACCUAUCCAGCCUGGGGCUCGGGAUCACGGCCUAGCGUGUGCGACUUCAACGUGUAUGCAGCCCGGGGCAUAAAUCCACCCCUAGGCGCCAACGACUCCCUUCUUGCCGUGUCAUGCACCCGGACCUCAACAACCACCUUCUAUGUGAAUGGCACACAGUACCGCAAUGAUACGGCCACACGCAUCAUCUACAAAAAGGAUAUCAAGCAAGUCAAUGUGACACGGAACAAUGUCAGGCGAAUGUGGGCCAUCGAUGACCUGCCGUUAAAUAUGUACCGCUGCCCACCAUCAGAGGAGCGCUAUCCGCUGGUCUUGCUUUGCUAG